UUUCUCCCUUCACUUUUUUUUUUUUUUUUUUUNUUUAAUUAUCUCUCUCUCUAUUUCCCAAAUUCGAACCUGCAAAUCCCUAAAUCCCCAAUUUGAAACCAACUCCAAUUCGUCAUCGUACGACUCUUCUCUUGGGAAGCAUGAAUUGGUUACCUGAGCAAGAGGAGGAUUUCAAAGGUAUUCUCUCUGAUGAUUUCUUUGAUGAUCUCAUCAAUAACCUUGACUGCCCUCUUGAUGAUGAAGACAUCGAUACCACCAAUGCCCCUGACGAAGAAGCUCUUGAUUGGGUUGCCAAGUUUCAAGACCUUGAGCCUCCUCCCAUGGACAUGUUCCCCUCUUUGCCUUCUCACCUCACCUCCCUUGCCAAGCCUGCUCGUCUUGGGGUUCAUCACUCCGUUCCUCCUUUGGUGAAGCAGUCCAAUUCUUCUGAAGCCUUGUCCGGCAUAAACAGCACCCUCCAUCAAUCUUCAUCGCCUCCUGAUAUUAAAGUCUCUAAGCUAUUUCAGUCUUCAAGUCCGGUGUCAGUUCUUGUCAACAGUUGCGAUUCUCUCUCCCCUCAGAACUCCAGGUCUCAGGGAUUGGCUUUCCCUGUGAAAGGCAUGAGAAGCAAGCGCAAACGCCCCACAACAAUGAGAUUAAACUACCUUUUCCCCUUUGAUGAACCCAAAAAGCCCGAGAAGUUGACUCCGGGCGGAUCUGGAUCCGAGAGUUACUAUUCCUCCGAGCAACAUGCCAAGAAGAAACGCAAGAUUCAGCUGACAACAACCCACACAGUGUCUUCCAGUUUUGAGGCAAGUAACUCGGACGGGAUUGUCAGGAAGUGCACUCAUUGUGAGACAACCAAGACCCCGCAGUGGAGGGAAGGACCUAAUGGACCAAAGACCCUCUGCAACGCUUGCGGGGUCAGGUUCAGAUCUGGUCGUCUUGUUCCAGAAUACCGACCUGCCUCAAGCCCGACCUUCAUCCCAUCUGUGCAUUCAAACUCACACAGGAAGAUCAUAGAGAUGAGAAGGAAGGACGACAACCAGUUUGAUACCAGCAUGAUGCACGCGGUGAUAUCCGGAGCUUAAAGACAACAAGGCAGGGCAGUUUUAAGUUUGGUCUCUGAUCCGCAGAAAUGGCAACUCAGUGGAGGAAGAAGAUGGUAUAAAAAGUAGGGGUUAGUGACUGUUUUCAAAUCUGAUGAAGAGAGUUUAGGGGUUUAGUUCAAGUUAGGG